UUCCGGACUUCAUGGUGUCGACGAUCUUGGCCAAACUUGAUGGCCACACCCUCAUGAAAAUCACGGGAAUGAACGAGAGGCUCAAGGAGCUCGGAUCUGAUGAAUCGCUGUGGAAGAGACUCUGUCUCAAGGUCUGGCCAUACCUCAAGCACGAUGAGCAGGCCUGGAAAUUCCUGCAUCCCACACUCCGCUUGCAUGAUGACGACUGUUGGAAAAGUAUCUACCCGAUCAUAACGUCGAUUCCAUCAUGGCAGUCAACACUCUUUAAGAGCGGAAAAGUCGUGUGUGACUUGAACAUCUACAACGUGGGGGGGCAGCAAUGUCAUGAGAUAUCUGCUCAUUUGGUGGUUGAGCGACGAUUUCCCAUAGCACAUCUGAGCAACUUUGUAACUCUUGAAACUGCUUCCAUCUUAUACUUCCAGCCUUGCACUCCGAACGAUCAAGCAGGUUAUGACGGUUUCAUCGAGUAUUUGUUGGAAAGGGACCGGGUUGGGCUGGGAGUCGACGGAGAUCAGCGAAUCAUGUACAUUCCUCCAUGCGAGUUUGUCCGGACCAACUUCUCCUACUCUGGUCCUGCAUUGAUGGGAGUUGUACAAUCGGCGCAAUCAUCGUGGUUUCAAGACUAGCAAUAGUUGCUAGUCUUGUUUCGUUCUUCCGACCCCAAACUUGUAAUGAAAAGUGAACAAGAAUGAAUACAGUCUAUCUCAGUACUCAAUAAAUGCAGCAGCUAAUG